AUGUUUGCGGCAUUGCCCAAACCGCGCUACACUGGUGAAGAGGAAGAGCAGAGACAAUCCGUGGGCCCUCGAAUCAUCGGAGCCGACCAGGCGGCAUCACAACAACUGCAAGUCGCCAAGCGCAGCGGAAUCCCUCCAUAUGGUCAGCGCAAUAACUGGCGACCCCGCGGCAACGAAGACUUUGGAGAUGGAGGGGCCUACCCUGAAGUCUCGGUUGCGCAAUANCCCCUGGACAUGGGCCGAAAGCACGCCUCCUCGUCCAAUGCUUUGACUUUGAGCGUCAAUGCCGAGGGCCAGGUCGACUAUACCGCCAUCGCUAAGCGCGGCCACGCAGAAAACAGAAUCGUGCAUGCGUCGUUCAAGGACCUGAUUCCACUCAGACACCAAGCAAAUGCCGGCGAGAUCUCUCUUGCGCGCCCCGACGAGGAAACCGUCGCAGAAACAAAGCGAAAGACAGAACUAGCACUGGCGACCCUAGUCGCCGGUGCAAGCGCAGCUCAGCGCCCCAAGAAUGUCAAGGGCGUGGAAAAGAGAGAAGCCUCGUACGUGCGCUACACACCCGCCAACCAAAUGGGCCAAGACAACUCCAAGAAGGGCGACCGCAUCAUGAAAAUCAUGUCUCGCCAGAUCGAUCCAAUGGAGCCUCCCAAGUUCAAAGCAAAGAAGAUUCCCGGAAGACCUCCAUCGCCUCCUCCUCCAGUCAUGCACUCUCCACCCCGCAAACUCACCGCCGAAGACCAAGAGGCCUGGCGUAUCCCUCCCACCGUCUCCAAUUGGAAGAACCCCAAGGGUUACACAGUGCCUCUAGACAAGAGAUUGGCAGCAGACGGCAGAGGCCUACAAGACGUGACCAUCAACGACAAAUUCGCCUCUUUCGCCGAAGCCCUACAGACCGCAGACCGCCACGCCCGCGAAGAAGUAAAGUCCAGAGCACUAAUGCAACAACGCCUCGCNCGAAAAGGAAAAAGAGCAAAAGAAGAAAACCUCCGCUUACUCGCCCAAAAAGCCCGCGAGGAAAAAGCGAACACAGCAAGAAGACCAUCCGCUCGUGAAGACAGCCGCAGCAGAAGCAGAAGCAGAAGCAUAGACAGCUACUCCUCUCGCUCACGCUCCCGCUCCAACUCAGCAGACGAGACCGAACACGACCGCCUCGCCCGCGAAAAAGCUCGCGCCGAAAAACGCCGCGACGCUCAACGCGAACUGCGCCAGAAAAACAUGGGCCACGAACGCCGCAUGCAAACNCUCGCGCGCGCUCAAAACCGCGACAUUUCCGAAAAAGUGGCCCUGGGGCUCGCGAAACCAACCCAGAGUAAAGAAACAAUGUAUGACAGCAGACUCUUUGAUAGAUCUUCUGGGUUCGCAAGCGGCUUUAAUGAAGACCAAGCAUACGAUAAACCACUAUUUGCAGACAGGGAAGCGCUGAAUAGUAUCUAUCGACCGCAACUGGAUGCAGAUGAUGGCGAAGAUGCGGGAGAAACACUGGAUGCCAUUCANAAAACUAGUAGGUUUGAGACGUUGGGCAGGGCGCCUAAAGAGGGUAUGAAGAGUGCCAGGGCUGCUGAGCAGAGAGAGGGUCCCGUGGUGUUUGAACGCGAUAAUGGGGAUCCGUUUGGCGUAGAGCAGAUGAUUGCUGAUGCGCAGAGUAAGAAGGGUGGGGAGGUUGCUGGAAGCGCGAGCGUUUCUGGGCAGGGGGUUAAGAGGUACGGCCUCAAUGAAGGUGGAGACCAAGAAGAGCGUGGAAGCAAGAGGGCGAGGAUUGAGGAUGACGAUGAGUAA